AUGAGUACUUUUAUCAAGUCUGAAGAUGAGAAAGCAUGGAGAAUAAUUCUUUCAGGAUGGUCUCCUCCUGUUAUGGUAGAUUUCAAAGGUAAUUCAAAGUUAAAACCUGUACUUAAAUGGCCUAUUAAAGACGAUAAGUUAUCUGCUUACAAUAAUAAAGCUUUACAUGCUAUAUUUGAUGGAGUAGUUGAAUGUUUUAUUAAGCUUAUAUCAUCUUGUGAAUCUGCUAAGGAUGCUUUGCAAACCCUUCAAACUCAAUUUGAAGAAACUUCUGAUGUUAGGCGUUCUAGUUUUAUUAUGUUUCAAACCAAAUUUCAUGAUCUUAAAAUGUCUGAAAAUGAAACUUUGUCUGAGUUUUAUGAAAGAUUGUCUAAUAUAGCUAAUGAAUAUUUUUCUCUUGGUGAAAAGCUUGAUGAAUGUGUGCUUUCAGAAAAAUUGUUAGAGUUCUUCUAA